GCUUCGUCUCACAUCUUUCGCGCCUUCCCCGCGCGGCCCCUGGUGCUUCUUCCUCCUCCUCUGGUUGCCCAGAUAGCGCUGCGCGGGCCCGGCCGCCUUCUCUGCCCACCGGACCCCGAGGUUGGCUGACCUAACCCCAUUGGGCAUGGGGGUCGGGAGCCAUCGCCUUGGCGUCGCAGGGAGUGCUUUCCCUUCUCCGGGCUGAGGAGCCGACAUGUUGGUGAUACCGCCGGGGCUGAGUGAGGAGGAAGAGGCACUGCAGAAGAAAUUCAACAAACUCAAGAAAAAGAAAAAGGCAUUGCUGGCUCUGAAGAAGCAGAGCAGCAGUGGCACAGCGAGCCAGGGCGGUGUCAAACGCUCACUGUCAGAGCAGCCUGUGGUGGACACUGCCACAGCAACAGAACAGGCCAAACAACUGGUGAAGUCAGGAGCCAUCAGUGCCAUCAAGGCUGAAACUAAGAACUCAGGCUUCAAACGUUCUCGGACCCUGGAAGGGAAGUUAAAGGACCCAGAGAAGGGGCCUGUCCCCACUUUCCAGCCGUUCCAGAGGAGCAUGUCUGCUGAUGAGGACCUACAGGAGCCAUCCAGACGUCCCCAGAGGAAAUCUCUGUAUGAAAGCUUUGUGUCUUCUAGUGACCGGCUUCGGGAACUGGGACAAGAUGGAGAAGAGGCAGAGGCCCCCGGGGCUGGUGAUGGCCCACCUCGAGGCUUUGACUGGAGCUAUGAAGAGCAUGGUAGUGCCCGCUCCUCAGCCUCCCCUCCCCGAAGCCGCAGCAGGGACCGAAGUCAUGACCGGAGCCGAGAUAGGGACCGGGACAAAGAGAGAGACAGAGACCGGGAUCGAGACAGAGACCGGGAUAAAGACAGAGACCGGGAUCGAGACAAAGACAAAGAGCGGGAUCGAGACAGAGACCGGGAUCGGGAACGAGACCGAGAGGGCCCUUUCCGCAGGUCAGACUCAUUCCCCGAACGGAGGGCCCCUCGGAAGGGGAACACACUGUAUGUGUAUGGAGAGGACAUGACGCCCACCCUCCUCCGAGGGGCCUUCUCUCCCUUUGGAAAUAUCAUCGACCUCUCUAUGGACCCACCCAGAAACUGUGCCUUCGUCACCUACGAGAAGAUGGAGUCUGCAGAUCAGGCCGUUGCUGAGCUCAAUGGGACCCAGGUGGAAUCUGUGCAGCUCAAAGUCAACAUAGCCCGAAAACAGCCCAUGCUGGACGCUGCUACUGGCAAAUCUGUCUGGGGCUCCCUUGGUAAGGAUGAGGCUCUUCCCUCCCCCUCCCUGAAGCAUAGCACUUCCUUUGAGUUGCCUAAAGUGCCCAAGGUCAGGAUCUUCACUAGGCAGCGGAUGAAGAAUUGCCAGGGCAUCUGUCGGGUGAGGGAGGAGAGCAGCACUGAAGGCGCUCUCUCAGUGGUGGCACACACCUUCAGCCACAACACAUGGGAGGGAGCCAGGUGGAGCCCUUGGGUUCAAGGCCAGCCUGCCUACAGAGCAGAGUUCAGAACAGCCAAGGCUACCCAGAAAAAUCUUGUCUUGAAAAGCCAUUUGGAAAAACAGAACAGGGUCCUCCAACCGUGACUGUCACAGACGGGAAAGCAGGAGCCCGGUUGUCGCCUCUGAGCUGGGGUGCUACCUGAACUUGGUAUUGUGGGUCUGGACCUCAGGUAGGAGACCAGGCAUGGAAACGUAGAUUAGUGUUCUGUGCAUCUGGGACCGUCAGAGAUGGGGAUUCUGGAGAUUGGAAAGUGACCCGAGACUGGUUUAGAGAAUCAAGAGCAUUAGGAAGCUGGGCUCUACUGUCUGUGCCGGGCGUACCUCCAGCAGUCCUGGCUGGCUAGGCCCAAGUGGAGUCUGCAGCAAAGGAACCAUGAAGAAGAGUCCAAGCUGAGAGCAACCGCAGAAGCUCUGGGCUUUCGGCUGAGGCUCUGAGAAGAGUAUAAGACCAAAGAGGAAGCCUAUCUCUUAGCCCCACAGGGAAUCCUUGGGCGGGAUGAGGAGUAUGAGGAAAGAAAAGCUGAACACUUGGGUUUCAAGAGGUCCUCGUGGGGUCUCCCAUUCUACCCGAAAACAAUUUUUCUGAGGAAGGAGUAAGCAAAGUCCCUGCAAACACCAGGAAGGAACCAGAAUGCCAGCAAGACCACAGAGACAUUCUGAU